GCUGUAAAUGAGGUUGGAGCAGGGAGACUGGAUUCCCAAACCCUUCAAGUUCACGCUCAACCAGCUUUCAUUGAGAGCCUUAAACCCUACACAGGAUUUACAAGUGAAUCUACCAAUGUUUCUCUGAGUUGUCAAGUGGAAUGUUCACCUCUCUGUCAAAUCUCAUGGUUUAAGGACGGAGCACCAAUAGAGACAAGCAGUGAUUACUACACCAUAACAACGAGACAGGUUCCUCCAAAUUACUCCAAGAAUGAUUUCGAAUCCGUCCUCUCCCUGCUCUCCUGGAACCUGGAGAAUCUGCCUGGAGGCCGGUUAAACAGGCAGACGGAUAAUGCAAACUACUCCUGCAGGAGUACAGAAACAGAUGCUGGACCUGGGGUCUACAGUGCCACACAUUUCAGGGUCGAAUACGCUCCUGAUAAUCUUUUCAUCUCCAAGGAGAAAAUUGACGUGCUAGAAAACGAAGUUCCUGAUAGAGUUGUGUGCGGAGCUCAGGCUUAUCCAGAAGCUAGUUAUAUGUGGAGAUUCAAGGAUCAAGUUAUUCAAACUCACAAUGUUCUGUUCUUCGGUACCCCUGCAGCUAGGGACCAGGGAGGGAUAUAUACAUGUGAAGCUGCGAACAGGCAUGGUACAGGAUAUGUAACGACUCAUAUCAACGUGAUGUAUAAACCAGAGUGUGAGAUACACCAGGAGAAGCUGGAUGAUGAAAUAGUGUUGACGUGUAGAGCAGAUGCAAACCCGUCACAGGUUUCAUUCAACUGGAAGAGAGGGAAUGAAACCUACGACGGAGAAAUUGAAACUCAUGCUCGGGAGAGCACCCUAAGAAUACCAAUCCUACAGGAGAACCUAGGAACUUACUAUUGUUUUGUGAAUAACACUGUAGGACUGGGAGUUCCUUGUGAAAUAGAUAUUCAGGGUAUAGGAGUACUCAAGAAUAUAUCAAACACUAAUAUUAUAGUGAUUGUGGCUGUGAUAACCGCUGCUCUCGUGGCAGCAAUAAUAAUAGGAAUUCUUGUUUUCUUUUGCAGGAAAAAACCCUCUGGAGAAAAGUGUUCCGACCCUGUCAUAGAUGGAAAGGAUACGGAGCUCCCAGGUUCAGGACCGUCCCAACCUGUUCACAAAUGGCCUCUGAGACCCGGAGUCCAUGUCCAUGUAAACGGACUAAACACCCUUACUGGAAGCACUACCAAGCUAAACCAACAAAUCAACGGGUUCUCUUACGGAGCCAAAACGAGUCGAAGCUCAUCCUCUUCUGGCUCCGACUGGGCGUCCAAUGCUAGUUCUAACCAGGAGCUAAAUUCAGAUUCUGAUCCUAAGAAACAACAGAACAGAGGAAACAUAUCAGGAGGGAAGAUGACCGUCCCUCAUGGAGACCUGAAUACUCAGUCAAACUAUACCAACGAUCUGGGUUGUACUGGGAGCAGACCAGGUUCAAGGCAGAAGAAAAAGCGGGAUAAAAACCAUUCAAACAAUAACCAUUCGGACCAACUUCUACCAACAUUCUAUGAGAAUGUGUCAUCAUCCUUCCAACAUAAACAGAGAUUAGACUCCAUUCGGAGAUCUGAGAGUCCGGCUGAUAGGUUGGGACGGAUAGAUGCUGGUUUAACUAGGCCCCGGAGUCAGCAGAGUAACCAAGGAUUGUACGGGUUCGGGAGCACAAGAUCUAGCAAGGGUUCUAGACACUCAGCUUCUCCUUGUGGGAUUCAUUCUGCUCCAGGUUCAAGUAUAGCCUCCAUGUGUACCUCAGGACGUGGAGGAAAUCCGUGCCAUCCCAACCCGGGACGAUAUUCAACUCUACACGCUCCAGGAUACUCUAAACCUCAGGAUCUUCUUGAAGCUGAGGUUGAAUCCGACUCCGAGUUGCCACCAAACCUGCCAUUAGAACGGAACCUAUUGAUUGAGUAUACAACACAUGUUCCAUAUCACCAAUACCCACGAGAUACUCCAAUUCUUUCAUCCCUCACACCUCAGAGCUUAAUCAAACCCCGAGGGUUUGAUCCUGAAACCAACUCCAUAUACUCAGGUCCACUUCUCUCCGAACCUAUAUCUCCCCCUAGACAAUUCGACUCCUCUCCUAAUCCCUCAAAACAAGGACGAGAGGGUGGUUUCUGACACAGGGCCCGGUGACGGGAUAGAAUCUAAUCUAUUUAGCUCAUUUUGCAACAUAACUCAUUAGUUCCGUGUCCCCCCCCCCCCCCUUCUGCAGAGCUGAUAUUAGACCUUGUUGUUGCCUAGUUCUACUCUGAUGAAUGAGGACAAGGAGUUGGCACAAACAAACACGAGAAAUCAAUCCUGAGGUGUGGAACAAAACCUCAACGAACAUGUCAUUCCUUUCAACUAAUUUGGCACGGAGUUAUUCAUCCAGUUUUUUACUCUGCUUCAGCAACAGUUGACAAGAAGACAGUUUUAAAAUGGAUUCUUUGAAAAACAAGAUGGCCGUCACAAAGCAACAGAUGCGAUGGUUUACAGCAACAAUUAUGUGUCCCUUUUAUUCAACAUCAAAUAUGUUGUUACAAUUAAAAUGGGUGUUAUUAAUAGAAAAGUAAUUUUUUACAACCCUGUAUGAGCGCCGGUGAUUUGAUUAAGUUCCACCUUUAAAUGUAAUGUAAAGCGAAGGCUGUUUGUAGCCUGUAGUUUCGAGAGAAAUAUUUCGAGUUUAGAUAUUUUAUAUUAAUUGUUAGAAUCAGAGCCAAAGAUAUAUCUAGUUUAUUUGUCGGACGUUAAUCAAAAUCAUUAAUUCAGAUAUUCAUCAUAAAUUGGACUGUACCCCCCCCCCUACACAACCCUCUUUUAAAUAUCAAUUCUUUUUUGAAAAUCUAAAUUUAAACCUAAAAAACUGUGGAAUAGGAUGAUGACUGUUACACUCUAGAUAUGUCACACUUCAUAAGUUGAUUUUAAGCACUUGUAAAACAUCAAAUACUGCACAUAAGAUUUCUUAAAUGUCGCCUUUUAUUUCAAAGCGAAUUGGGUCUCACUAUAAUAUUUUUGUUUGUAAUCUUUUUUCAAGUGUACGAUUAUGAGAAUAUAUAUAAAGAAAGUAAAAUAUUUUACUCUUUAUUUUAAAACCUCCCCCCCUCCGUCCACCUCUCUAAGGACCAUUUUAACAGAGAUUAUCAUAAAGCCUGCAAGACGGGGAUAAGAGUCGUUAAGAUGAAAUUACUCUCAAGAAAUAUCUAAAAUUGCAAAUUUAUAAACCAGAAAAUGAGAUAUAUGUGAACUUCAUUUUUAAAUUUUAAAAUGUAUAUCCUGAAUGAUGAUGUAGAUUAAUGUCUAAAAUGUGUGAUUUUAUAAAACCAAAUAUAUUUGAUUGUUAAAGAGUUUUAUAAUGAUGAUAAAUGUAUAAGAACCAUAA